CUCCACGGGCAUUGCAAAGGUCAUUCUCGCUGAUCGCAGUAGAUCCGAUUCGUUAUAGGACACUGCAACGCGGUGGGCACCCAAUGCAAAGUGACGACAAGCGGAUAAGUGUGGAAUUUUCUGUUUACUUCGUUUCUUAUAUAAAGAUGCUUGCCGGCUUUCAAUCAUUCUCCCAGCAUUGCCAGCAAUCGCCUUGAAUACUUUACAAUGGACUACGAAACCCCAGCAGUCAUCCUCCACAUCACGUCGGGCAUCUCGGUAGCAGGUUUCGCCGGUGAUGCAAAGCCCGCAUAUACAUUCUCGAACGCGGAGAGAACAGACUGGGACGCCAGCGAACAACUAUGGCGCGACACGAUCCAGCAAAACCUGCACGCCGGCACCACCACCCAGCCAGUCAUGCUUACAGCCGAGCCGGGACAAGAUAAGGACGGGCGCGAGCAGACGAUCAAAAUCUUCUUCGAGAAACUCGACGUGCCUGCUUUCUAUCUCGCGAAUCCCGGGGUGCUCUCGGUGUACGCCACUAACCGCUUGACUGGGCUUGCGGUCAUGGCUGAGGGCGAGUCUACGUCCAUCAUCCCCGUCGUGGAAGGCUAUGCAGUCAAGGCGGCCGUUCGAAAUGUCUCUGCAACGGACAAUGUAAGUGAGGCCGUGCAGGACAGCAUCAGCUCGUGCGACCUCAAGGUCAGACGCGAGCUCUACAAAAACAUCGUGCUGGCGGGAGGUGCUGCCGACUUGUCGAGCAUCGCCGACUCCCUCAAGACCGAGUUGCCCGAGCUGGCUCCUCCCAAUCAAACCAUCAAGGUGGCAACGCCGGAGGAUCCUCAGGAUUUGGCGUGGGUGGGUGGAUCGAGGCUGGCUUCGCAGAGUGACUUUAGACAGCAAUGGAUUACUCGGGCGGAGUACGAUGAGCGUGGGGCUGGUAUCGUGCACCAAAAGUGCUCUUAACGGAUCAAGAUGAACCGGUAUUUGUGCUUUGUCGGUGGGGAGCAGAUGACAAGAUGCUAGUCGUCGUUGCAGAAACUUGCAGACCAGGCAAACGCAGCAGAGCUAGUACUGUACUCAACGUCCAUCCUUGCCAUUUGAUAUACCAAUCCCUUAUCACCUGGCGUAUUGAGGCAUAGAGUUUCGAUAGCCAACGUUCUCAAAGGCCG